GCGUCCGAGCGGCGGUCCUCCGACUGCCGAAGACGUCAGUAGAGAGCGUCCCGACGCCGAUAACAGGUGGUCGCGGCCAGCCAUGCUCCAGGCGCGCCUCUACGCCGCGGCGCACGCCAUGCAGCAGCGCGACGCCCGCGCGCUGCUGGCCGAGCACCCGGCGCUGCUGCAGGGGCGACCCGGGGACCUGGUGCUCGACGUGGGCUGCGGUCCGGGCUGCGUCUCCGCGGGGCUGCUGCGGCCCGCCGCCGCCGGCCGCCUCGUCGCCGUCGACUCCUGCCCGCGCAUGGUGGAGCACGCGAGGAGGACCUACGGUCACCAGGACAUCGUGUUCGAGCAGUUUGACAUCACGGAGGAGCUCACCCCGGAGAAGAGAGCACGCCUGCUGCCCGGGGCAGCCGACGGCUUCCACAAGGUCUUCAGCUUCUACUGCCUGCACUGGGUCCAGGAGCAGAGGCAAGCCCUACGGAACAUCAUGCUACUGCUGAGGCCCGGCGGGAAGGCUCUCCUCGUGUUCCUCGCCAACUGCCCCGUCUUCACCAUGUACGAAGUGAUGUCCAGCAAGUCCCUCUGGAGACCGUACACGCAGGAUUUCCUGAGGUUCGUGUCCCCGUACCAGUACAACCCGCAGCCCGCCGCGACCUUGGGGAAGAUGCUGAGGGACGUCGGCUUCAAGGUCACCCACUGCGAGUGCCGCCCCUGCUCCUUCGAGUACAGCAGCACCCAGCAGCUGACGGAUUCUCUAAUGGCGGUGAACCCUUUCCUGAACAGAAUACCUGAAGAAUUAAAACAUAGUUUCAUCAGUGAUUGUAUAAGCGAGGCAAUGAAGCUGAUGUCAGCAAAGCCCACUGGGGGAUACGAGUCAUCCUUCCACACGGACGAUGUCACGCCCUGA